AUUUUCGAAAUAUCUUUUAGGUUUUAGUGUUGGGUGAUAUCUGUUGUAUUUACAGGCUUUCAAGCUGAUUACUUCGUUCUGUUUGAUCGUGCAUCCUCAUUUAUGCAGCACACUCGAACGGAAGUUGAAGUCAAGUGAAUCGAUUGGGCUUGUAAGUACCCAGGCAGCAAGGCUACCCUGAGGUCUGCUCGGCCUUGAGCUGGACGGGAGCGGUCGCAAGUCCGUCAUAAACUGGUCGUGAAUGUGUCGUGAAUUUACCGUGAUUCGACCCUGAGUGGUCCGUGAGUGGGCCGUGAGUGGACUGUGAGUGGGCCGUGAGCCAUUCGUGAUUCGUCCGGCCAUGGCGGAGGCUGACUACCUAGCCACGCCCGUGCAGGAGUGGGCCCAGCUGUUCGAGCGGCAGGCGCUCACCACUGAGCUGAUUCGGGAGUUCUGGAAAGAGUCGGUGCCUCGUCUCACUGUUCCCCCGCCGGCGGCUCCCGUUGAGGAGCAGACCGCGUUCGAGGAUCAGCGUCACCGCCUGCUGCUGCGGCCGCUGUCCAGGUUCCUACUGGGAGAUGACGCCGUCGACGGAGAGGAGUCGGCCCCGCCGCCGUCGCAGGUCUGUGGCAAGGUGUUCAACAACGGCGACCCCACGUACAGCUGCCGCGACUGCGCGCAGGACCCCACCUGUGUGCUGUGCACCGAGUGCUUCCGACAGUCGGUCCACAGAUACCAUAGGUAUCAGAUGUGCGUCUCUCAGGGUAACGGCGGUUUCUGCGACUGCGGCGACUUUGAGGCGUGGAAGGGCGACCCGACGUGUUCCUCGCAUAAACCGCCGCCUCCGGAGCAGCGGCCCACAGAGGCAUCCCCGGAGCAGGCCGGCAAGGCGUCCGUGCUCUUCAGUGCUGCUAUGCAGUACAUGCUGAGCGUGUUCGACCGGGACGCCAGCACGCUCAAGAUCGUUCCGCUCGAGCUGGACCUGGGUCGAGAGCACUACCCUGCACGCAACCAGCGCUACGCCACCAUGGCUUACAACUUCGGCGUCACGGCCACGGACAAGGUGGCUGAUACGGUGGCUCAGGUGACGCCCUGCUCGCAGGAGGAGGCCAGGGCAGCGGCCACCGCCCUGAAAAAGGAGGGCGCCGCCAUACUGCUCUAUAAUGAUAUCACGGGUUGUGACGAGCUGCUGAAGCGUCUGAAGCCGGAACAGUCGCGCAAGUUGCGCCGUGCCGAGCUGCACGUGGUUCACGCGCACGUGGCGGCGCACCAGCUGUUCACGCUGCGCCUAGUCCGCCACCUGCGGGAGAUGCUGGAGCGCCGGCCCACACUGCGGCCUCUGUUUAAUACGGUCAUGCAGCAGACUGUCGGCGGCUCGGAGCUGAUGCCUUCCAUGCUGGAGCGAGUGAUGGCCUGUGAUGGCAGACAGUGGAAACAGGCCAGGCACGAGACGCAUCUGCUCCUCAUACAAGGAAUGCUCAUGGACAUGGAGUCGAAAAAGUACUUUGCACAGAUGUUCACGGCCCGGUAUCGGGAGCAGACACUAGCGUCCCUGCCGAGCAGCAUGCAGGACCAGAUCACCGUGCAGGACCUGUCUGUGCAGAUCUACACGGUGCCCUCGAUCGCACACCACCUCAUGGCAGAGCAAGACGCCCUGGCCGUCGUGAUCGGGACGCUGGUGGAUGAACUCCGCACGCAUACACACGGCGGUCAGCUGGUGCUCCGACCGGUGACCUCCGACUCGGCCGCCCGGCGUCGGUUCGAGUGUGUCAUCAGCUGUCUGACCGACGCCAAGUACCUGCUCAGCGUGGUCCCGCCGACUCAGUCGGAUAAACUGCGCGCCGGAGUGCGCCGCGGACUCGACAUGCUGCUGGAGCUGCUCUACUUCUGUGAGGGUAUGGAGCCGGUGGUGCGCGCCCAGACGGCCCACGUGCUGUACGACCCGCAGUACGAGCUGCAGAUGACGCUGUCGUUCAGUCUGGCGCCGCUAGUCAAUCAGGUGCUCGAGUGGUGCGCCUCUGACCGACAACUGCUCGUCUACGCGUACAGUGCCGUGCUCUCGAAGCUGCACUCUCGCCUGCCGCCGGACAAGUACUUCCAGCGGUGCGAGGUGCUGCGGUUUGGGCGCCGGCUCAGCGUCAGCCCUCUGUCUGUGAUGACAAUGCCCGUCAGUCUGGAGUUGCCGCUUUCGAGGCUUCUCGCCGGACUUCAUCUUCACUUGGCGGCUCACGGACUGAGUUACAACAGCAGCGAGUUUGCCUCACUGGAGGACCGCGUCACUCCAGCCCAGAUGCUGGAGCGGCCUCUCCGGGCGCUGGUGGUCGAUGCCCAGGUGCAGUCUGGCCUGUGGCGGCGGAAUGGCCGCUGGCUGGAGAUCAUGUGCAGCUGGUACUCGCUGCCCGUCCAGGUGGCUGAUAUGCGCGACAGAGAUCUUCAGGUGGCGCAGAUUUGCGCGUCUCUGAUGGACCCGGAUGAGUUCGUAGCCACGCUGCUGUUCCGACACGGAGCGGCUGACACAGACGGAACGCUGGCUGGCGAGCACGGCGAGGCACUGCCGGAGGACGACCCGGAGGGCGAGCGGCGUGAGCACAUGGACAGCAACAUGGCCGACCUGCUGCUGCUCCUGCUGCACGUGUUCGCCGAGCGCUACCACCCGGGCGUCGGACAGGUCACCAAGGAGCAGUGUCUGGAGAAUGAGGUGAUCCAGUUUCUGUGCGUGAAGCCGAUGACCCACUCCCAGGUGGCCAAACAGCUGAGCGAGGCCGACAGCGGCAUGUUGGAGGCGGCGGUGAAACGCGUGGCCGACUUCGCCACCCAGCAGGACUUCCGGGGGCAGCUCACCUAUCACAUCAAACCAGAGUACACGCACCGUUACACCCCGAUGUGGCACCACUUCUCCCGUCACUACCGGUCCCAGUCAGAGCAGAGACUGCGGCGGCUGCGGCGGCAGCGCGGUGAGUCGGCCUGUCUGCCGCCGCCGGCGGCGCCGCCCUUCCAGCCGGCGCUGCGGCCCGCCAGAGCCAUCCUGACCUGUGACGUGACGCUGCAGGUGCUGCUGCAACAGCUCAACAGGAUGUUUGACGCGCCGUUCGCCGCCUCUCUGGAGCUGAUCCUGCUCCGCUCCCUGUUCCUGAUCGGCACGGCGCUCAACGAGGAGGAACGCGAGGCCAACACCGACGAGCCGGAGCCGUUUUGCUUCUCCGGGCCGGCGCAGCGCGUCGGGCUGGUGGACGUGCUCCAAAAACUGGUCGGUAACCCGCGCGUCAGUCCUCACGCCGACCUUCUGGCCUGGGUGAACACGAAGCUGAACCGUCUGCUGGGCCGGACGGCAGCCGCCUCGGACAGCCAGGCAGCCGCCUCUGAGGACGCCGGGAGCGAACAGAAGCGCCGCCGGGCGAAGGCGGCCGCCCUGCGCUCGCGGAUCCUCGGCCAGAUGCAGGCGCAGCAGAAGAAGUUCAUCUCUGAGAACAUGACGGCGCUGGCCGAGCCGGAGGAGGCGGAGCCGAGCGGCGCGCUGUCGGCCGAGCGGGCGGCCGCCGUCACCGGGUCGGCCAUGGACCUGAGCGAGGGCGCCGAGCCGGACCGGUGGCCCGUGUGUCUGGGCCCGCGGCAGUCGGCGCGGCCGGCCGCACCCGCCGAGUACACGUGCAUCCUGUGCCAGGCCACCGAGCAGGUGUCCAGCACCCGGCCGGCCAUGGUGAUGGCGGCGUUUGUGCAGCUGUCGACGGUGCUGUCCCGGGACCGGGCGUCCACGGCGGCCAACCCGGUGCUGUACGUGCCGAGCUCGCUGCACCGGCUGCCACACACCUCCAGCUGCGGGCACGCCAUGCACGCCGCCUGCUGGCAGCGACACUUUGACAGCGUGGCGCGAGACAGACGCGCCCACCCCAGGGUCCAGUACCUGUCAUCGUUCGACGUGCAGCGCCACGAGUUCCUGUGUCCGCUGUGUCUCCGUCUCAGUAACACAGUGAUACCCGUGGUGGCCGAGUGGGGUGGAGCGGCGCCGGUCCCCGCCGCCGCCGCCACCGUCGACCACAUCGACGUGUGGCUGUCGGGACUGAUGGUGGCCUGUGGACCGGUGCGCGGCGGCGGCGGUACAGAGGAGGACCCGUGCUCGUGCUGUGACCCGGACUGGGCCGACACUCUGACGGCGGCUGUCGGCUGUCAGCUCACCGAGAGGGAGAGUGAGUUACACGAUAGACAGAUACAGAGGGAGGGGAUUUAG